AUGCGAGGGACGCCGACCUCCUCAUCGACGGAGCAGCUCAAUACCGACUUGAGGACACCAUCCGAGACACCCCGGCCGCCUGUGAUCGAGAGGCGGCCGACUCAUCUACCCGAGUUCGCUCCCCCACGACCUACUGGGAGGGUAUAUGGCGGAGGAUCUGGCUCAGAUGGUGUAUUUGCGAAUCUCAGCGCCAAGCCCGAAGCUGGCGAGAAGACGGAGGAACAUCCACCAACGUACGAGCAAGCGGCAGCAGAUGCAGCACCUCCGUACUGGGAAACUACAAUCCUCGCACCCGGACUCGGCGGCCCAGACGAAGUCUACGUCGACGGCCUUCCCGUUGGUUCCGUCUUCUCCUUCAUCUGGAACGGCAUGAUUUCGAUGUCCUUCCAACUCGUCGGUUUCCUCCUCACCUACCUUCUCCACACUACCCACGCAGCUAAAAAUGGAUCCCGUGCCGGCCUUGGUAUUACUCUUGUUCAGUACGGAUUCUACAUGAAGGGAUCAGGCGUUUCGUCUCCUCCUUCGAACGGCCAAGAUCCCACAUAUGCACAACCUCCAGACCCGAACAGCCACAAUUUCGAUCCCAACCAAGUGAACACAGCUGCACAAGGAAUGGACAGUACAGGCUCAUCAGGGAGCUGGAGUAGCGUUGCUAAUACCGAAUGGCUUGCUUACAUUUUGAUGGUUGUUGGAUGGUUUAUCUUAAUCAGGGCCGUGAGCGAUUUUCUUAAGGCGAGGAGGCAUGAGCAAUUGGUGUUGCAGAGCCCGGAAAGAGGUCUGAACGUGCCUAUAAUUGCUACCGGGGAAGAGGCCGAGACAGUCGUCUGA